CCAGGUCGUCGAGAUUUCUUUCAUGUUGCGUUGGUGUUAGAAUUACGAGCCAUGCCCAAAUGAGGUCGAUGUUGAAUGCAGCAGUGUCUCCAUCGAAGCGUCUGAAUGUAACAAGUGUAGACGGCAUAGAUCCUGCUGAAUGUUGAGAUCAUCAACGUCCUCAAUUGGCAAAAAGCAUCAACAGGUCCAACAGGUCGAACCAGCUCCUUCAAGUCAUCAUGCUCGUCCGACUCCCUUGCUCUGGCCUUCAUAAUGUUGUGGCCGUGACCCUCCUAACUUCCGCUCUCCUACAUGUUGGAUUUCAACCCAGACCUAGAGGUGCACGUCCCGUGAAACUGUAUUUUGGGCACAAAGGUUAUGUCAUUUCCGAAAAUCCUUCAUGGCAAUUCGGAGGCAGCUCCGAAACCACAACGCCCGAGAUCCCACCAAUGAUUAAUCGAAGUUCUUUUCUCACAUUUCUACAGAAAGUCUCCAAAGAACUCCUAGUGCAUUUUGCGAACCGCCGAAUCAUAAUCCAAAGCUUUGGUUUCCUUUCGCCAUGCAAAUUCAGUCUCGGUCUCACUGAAAAGCAGUUACCGUCCAGCUGGGACAGGGAUGUGCACCGUACCGUUACGGAUAUGACCGUAGACCGUAUAAAAAUUAUUGGCCACGGUACGGUACGGUUGAUGUCAUAUCCGUACCGUUGUCCGUAUACAGACACUUUGACGAUGACGAUGGAUAUCUGGUGCCAAAGUAUAGUUCUCUGUCCCUCCCUCAAUGACCGUAUUCAAACCGUAUGAAUACGGCCGUAUUUUGGGCCGUUAAAGUUGUCCACGGUACGGACCCGUA